GUGUAUACACCGACGCCACUGUGAUCGAUUCUGAGCCAUCUCACCAAGAGUCUACAACCAUUGGUUACGACAGUCACGUGGACCCUAACUGAGUAGUCUGCAUCUACCAACAUGGUUCAGACCAGAUGUUAGUGUCUUCAAGCACUAAUGCCACGUUUUGGUUUGGCCACCCCUAACUUUCUUCCAACCAUCCCCAACACCCGUUAGCAUUGCACCAUUUCAUCUCUUUUCGAUCCACUGGGACUGAUAGCUCCAAUAUACCUUCCUGCCAAACAACUCUUACAGAAUCUUUGUAAAACGCGUAUCGGUUGGGACCAGCCUCCGAGUGAUAGUGUUAUGUCCUCGUGGAACGAAUGGGUCACGUUUGUGCGGAGGCUCAGAACGAUCAGUGUUCCUCGAAGCAUUAUAAAUGAAAACAGAAAGAACUUUAAGGCGAUUGAGCUGCAUUUAUUUUGUGACGCCUCUGAAUCUGGUUACGGUGCGGUAGCUUACUCGUGGAACAUCCCUAAGCACCAAGCACCAUACAGCGUUCUACUCUAUAGUAAAUCCAGAGUGGCACCUAUAAAACAGGUGACUGUGCCUAGACUGGAACUAGCAGCGGCAGUAUUGAGUGCUAGAAUAGGGGAAGUUUUAAAUAGGAACCUUCCUCAGGUGUUUGACAAGACUCACUUCUGGACGGAUUCUAUGAUAGUACCGUACUAUAUAAAAAAUACAGAUAGUAGGUAUUCCACCUUCGUGGCUAAUCGCCUGGCCGCUAUUCAUCAUUUAACAUCUGUGGACCAGUGGGGGCACGUAGAGUCCAAUGAAAAUCCUGCUGACUGGACAUCACGAGGCAUACGGAAGGAGCUAGAUUUAAAGAACUGGAUUGAGGGUCCUUCCUUCUUAAGGAAGAGGGAGUCUGUAGGAACACUAACGCUUAUGUGCGAAAACCCCCCAGAAAAUGUUGAAUUUAAAAGAUGUCACACGACCAACGCAGUUGCGCUAAAACAUAGCUUAAGUCCAAUUCUGCUAUAUCACUCAAAUUGGAUAAAGCUGAUUAAAGCGGUAGCAUGGCUCAGAAGAUACGUGACCUAUAUAACCAUCAUGUACUCCCAUCACAAGGACAGGUCCCUAAGUGUGGGCUAUCUGUCAGUUGAUGAAUUGGAUGCAGCUAAACACAAGAUAUUAGCCUUAGUGCAAAAGGAAGUGUAUGGGGAAGCAGUAAAAGUGUCUCGAUGCAAUGGCGUAAGCGCAACUGAUAUAAAAGAGCUAAAAAAUCUUUCACCUACGCUAAUCGAUGGAUUGCUUUGUGUCGGCGGACGAUUAAAUUACUCGGAUUAUCCACUCUCAAUCAGACAUCCGGUAAUUUUACCCAGUCAUCACUCCGUAACAGAACUUAUUAUUAGACACCAUCACCACCUAGAAGGUCACACCGGGACAUCACAAGUGUUAGCUACCAUACGAAGAAAUUAUUGGAUUGUUAAAGGAACCAGUGCAGUUAAACGAGUGAUAGGUAGAUGUGUGAGGUGUAUACGCGCGAAAGCCACAUUAGGCCAACAGAUGAUGGCACCUCUCCCCAAGUGUCGAGUGCAGCAAGGCUGGUUUUGCUUCUCCUCCGUCGGGAUAGACUAUUUUGGGCCGUUGAUAGUUCGUCGGGGAAGAAGUGAGGAAAAAGAUAUGGAUGCCUAUUUACGUGUCUCCAAACACGUGCCGUACAUUUGGAAGUAGCUUUCAAUUUGAGUACUGAUGCUUUUAUAAUGGCCUUAAUACGUUUCAUAGGGAGGAGAGGAACUCCUAAGGAAAUCUAUAGCGACAAUGGAACUAACUUUGUCGGGGCUACUUCCGAAUUACGGGCUAAUAUGAGUGUGUGGGACAAGCAUAAAAUAAACGACUUAACAGUAUCGAAGGGUAUACACUGGCAUUUCAACCCCCCACUAGCUAGCCAUCGAGGAGGAGUUUGGGAGAGAUUAAUACGGUCUGUUAGGAGGAUCUUACUAUCUAUUUCCAACGGGCAAAUAUUACACGAUGAUAGUUUGGCAACUUAUUUUGUGGAGGUAGAACGAAUUUUAAACAACCGCCCAAUCGUUCCUGUGACGUCAGAUGAAAAGGAUGAUUUGGCGCUCACGCCAAACACUUUGUUAUUACUAAGAGACUGUGAUGGUUUAGGAGUGGAGUGUAGUGUUGCGGAUAGGUAUUCAAAGCGAUGGAGACAGGUCAAUUGUUUAGCCAAUACCUUCUGGCGUCGAUGGAUAAAAGAGUACAUUCCUUUACUGCAAGUGAGGCAGAAAUGGUUUUGCAAACACAGAAACUUAAAAGAAGGCGAUGUAGUUCCAGUGGCUAACGAUGCAACUACUCGGGGUUCAUGGCCAAUGGGACGGGUUGAUAAGUGCGAGACAGACAGAGAUGGAUUGGUAAGAACAGUGAUGGUGCGAAUGAGAGAAGGUGUAGUAAGAAGAGAUGUGCGAAAGCUCUGCCUUCUAGAGGGAGCCGAGUAAUUGUAGAUUGUAGCUUAGGUUUAUGGAUGUACAGGCGUACUGUUGUAAGUCCUGUGCCUCCCAUUGAUAUAGAGCAGUUAGUAAGGAGAGCCAUGACAGAAAUGUAUUCUAAGGUGUCUUUGCGUAGCUGGAGGGAUUUUGGGGGCCGGUGUAACAGAAAGAGAACAGUAAAAAUCCCUCUGCAGCUUCUUUGUUGAACAGUAUUUUCAUUUAUUUGUUCCUUCUCCCUUUUGUGUAUUCCAACCUUUGUUUCGAUCUCGUUUAACCAUGUCUUUUGUUCUUCAGUCUCCCCCGUUUAAGCCUUUAUUAUGUGAUUUUGAUUAAAGACUUAUUUUUUGUUACCUAAUUUUCUAUUGCAUGUUGCCGGACCAUUGACAGUAAGGUUGUGUUUGACUAAGCUCAAGGUCACGGCGUGGUUCAUUUUGUGACUGUUAACCUUCUGACUGUCUGCUUGGGAGAAUUGCUGCAAUCCCUGCAGAUAGAUAUUUGAUCCCAUCUUAUUGGGAAUAUUUGUAUUGAUUCUCAGGUAUCAAACCCUUUAGUAUUAACUGUCUCUUUCAUUGUUUAGCGCGCUACUUUGCGUUAGAGAAACUUCUGACUGUAUAGCACAGGCU